AUGAACUUCUUAGGGAAAGUCGCCGAUGCGCUUGUAGAUGCUGGUCAUGAAGUUGUCACAGUGCAACCGGUGAUCGCACCGCUUGUCAAUAACGGUACGCGGAAGUCUCGACUUAUUCAAAUCGAUGUUGAUGAGGAACUGAAAAAAGAAAUGGAGACGACUGUUAAUAGUGACCAAACUCCCCUAUGGACAGCAAGUGCGACUAAUCCCAUUGGUGUAGUUGGAUUCCUUCCACUUCUCAAGAAAUUAACAACUGUUUCCCUAGAAAGUGUCCUGGAGCACAAAGAGCUUUUGAAGCAGCUGAAAGCAGAGAAGUUUGAUGUUGGUAUUGCUGAACUCUUCGAUUUCACAGGCAUGGUGGUUUUCGAAGCGAUAGGACUGAAAAACAUUAUUGGAGCACAUUCUUCGGCCUGUAUGCUGGAGGGUACCGCUUAUGCUAUUGGUCAGCCUGUGAUUCCCAGUUUUAUGCCAGCUUCUCUUGGAGUAACCGACGAUUCAUCGUCGCUCGCAACGCGUGCGACAAAUGUGCUGUUCACGUUUUUGUCGUGGUACUUCCAAACCAGUAUAGCAGCUUCGGCUGACAGUGUUAUGCACGAGAAACUUGGUAGUUCUGCUACUCCAAUAUGGGAUACCGUAUCAAACAUGUCGUGGAUAAUCACUAACGUGGAACCUCUUCUCGAGUAUGCCAAGCCUACGUUGCACAAAGUGGUUGAUCUUGGCGGAAUCGGUGUCCAAAAACCGAAACCGCUUGAUGAGGAAUGGAACCGCAUUCUUAAUUUACGAUCUCGAACAGUACUAAUUUCUUUCGGAAGCGUUGCACCGAGUAAAACAAUGCCUGCGGAGAUGAAAAAAGCCAUCGUUGAUGUUGUUAAGUCCUUCCCUGAUGUUACAUUUAUUUGGAAAUAUGAAGAACCUGAGAAGAAUUCAUUUGCAGCUGAUGUCGAUAAUCUUAUUCUGUCGCCGUGGACUCCUCAGAGUGAUUUGCUAGCUGACGAUCGUUUGGCGUUAUUCGUUACCCAUGGUGGUGCUGCAAGUAUGUUGGAAAGCGCAUCUCGAGGCAAACCGUUGAUCGUCGUGCCAAUUUUUGGCGAUCAGACGAGGAAUGCUAAGCUCAUAAUCAAGUUUGGCUUUGGCAUCAUGCUGCAGAAGGCGGAACUUCUGGACAGCAAAGUGUUACGAGAUGCCAUUGAGAAGCUUCUUAAUAAUAAAAGCUAUCAAAAAGCUGCGCAUCGAAUUCGUGAUCUACUGGCGAAACGACCAUUCACUCCAGAGGAUAAAUUGGUGAAAACUGUGGAACUAGCGGCUGAGUUCGGCGAUCUAGCAGACAUGCUCCCGAAACUUCUACUAAUACUAUCUAUUAAUGUCUGCGGAUCCUACAAGAUUGUUGUAUUUAAUCCAAAGACAGGUUACAGUCAUAUGAACUUCCUAGGGAAAGUCGCCGAUGCACUCGUUGAUGCCGGUCAUGAAGUUGUCACAGUGCAACCGCUGAUCGCACCGCAUGUCAGUAACGGCACAAAAAAGUCCCGACUCAUUCAAGUUGAAAUGGAUGAGAAACUGAUGAAAGACUUGGAAGCGCAUCGUAAUCAAGAUAAGACCCCACUGUGGACAGCAAGUGCGACGAACCCCAUUGGUGCCAUCGGAUUCCUUCCACGUCUCAAGGAACUAACAACUGUUUCCCUAUCAAGUGUUCUGGAGCACAAAGAACUUUUGAAGCAGCUGAAAUCGGAGAAGUUUGAUGUUGGUAUCACCGAACUCUUCGAUUUUACUGGCAUGGUGGUUUUCGAAGCGAUUGGACUAAAAAACAUUAUUGGAGCUCACUCUACAGCUUGUCUUCAGGAAGGUACCGCCUAUGCCAUUGGUCAGCCUGUGAUUCCCAGCUUCAUGCCUGCUUCUCUUGGAGUAACCGAUGAUUCAUCGUCGCUAACAACUCGUGCGACAAAUGUGCUGUUCACGAUUUUGUCGUGGUACUUCCAAACCAGUAUAGCAGCUGCAGCCGAGAGUGUAAUGCACGAGAAACUUGGUGGUUCUGCUACCCCAAUAUGGGAUACCGUAUCAAACAUGUCGUGGAUAAUUACCAACGUGGAACCUCUUCUCGAGUAUGCCAAGCCUACGUUGCACAAAGUGGUUGAUCUUGGUGGAAUCGGCGUUCAAAAGCCAAAACCACUUGACGAGAAAUGGAACAACAUUCUGAGCUUACGACCUCGAACAGUAUUAAUUUCUUUCGGAAGCGUGGUACCAAGCAAGACUAUGCCUGUCGAGAUGAAAAAAUCCAUUGUUGAUGUUGUUAAGUCCUUUCCCGGCGUGACAUUUAUUUGGAAAUAUGAAGAACCUGAGAACAAUCCAUUUGCCGCCGGUGUCGAUAAUCUUAUUCUGUCGCCGUGGACUCCUCAGAGUGAUUUGCUUGCUGACGAUCGUUUGGCGUUAUUCGUCACUCAUGGCGGUGCUGCAAGUAUGCUGGAAAGCGCUUCUUGCGGCAAACCAUUGGUUGUUGUGCCAAUCUUUGCCGAUCAGACCAGGAAUGCUAAGCUCAUUACCAAGUUUGGCUUUGGCAUCAUGAUACAAAAGGCGGAUCUCUUGGACAGCAAAGCGCUACGAAAUGCCACUGAGAAGCUUCUUAGUGAUAAGAGUUACCAAAAAGCUGCUCACCGAAUCCGUGAUCUACUUGCGAAACGACCAUUCACUCCAGAGGAUAAAUUGGUGAAAACGGUGGAAUUAGCGGCUGAGUUCGGCGAUCUAGCAGAAUUAAAAGUUGCUGGACGCAAUUUAGGACUUAUUGUCUACUAUAAUAUCGAUCUCAUUCUUUUGUUUAUUGUUUUUCUUUUACUCGCCGUAUGUUCUUUGUUCAACAUCGCUCAGAGAAUGUUUAGGGUUGUAAUCUCAACUGAGAAACUUAAAAAGCAAUAG